AUGAAGGUGUUCGUGGGCACUGUGUUUGGCUCAACGUUUUCUUUUGAUCUUGAUCCUCGUAAUAAAGUGUUUGAUAUCAAAAAGAGUAUCGAGAACUCUCAAGGUAUCCCUGUUUCCAUGCAAACCCUUUACUUCAAUGGCGUGAAACUUGUUGUAGAUCAUUAUCAGCUCAGAGUAUAUCGUAUCGUCAACAACUCUCGCCUCAUCCUUUUGUUACGUGAUGAUCACGUCAACAAUCAAAUGCUCCAUCAAUCUCCAUAUGCAAUCCAAGGGUUCGUCCCUUCCAUGGGUAGGAGCAGCUACGAUCAAGUCCCACCGUCACAUGCAAGUGCAUCUUUCCUUAAUCAAGAUCCGCGUAAGAUGGCGAGGAGCAACCAAGUGCUACCACCGUCACAUGCAAGUGAAGCUUUCUUUAAUCAAGAUUUGCGUAUGAUGCAGAGGAGCAAUCAAGUCCUUCAUCAAACGCAGAUAUCUCCAGUGCCACCGUCACAUGCAAGUGCAUCUUUCUUUAAUCAAGAUCCGCGUACGAUGGCGAGGAGCAACCAAGUGCCACCACUGUCACAUGCAAGUGAAGCUUUCUAUAAUCAAGAUAGGCUUGUGAGCAACGAUCGUCUGUUUCCAGAGAUGCUUCAAGAUAUCAGCCUGAAGCAAGGUUUCUGGCCUGGGAUGACAACCUUUGGAGACAACAACAAGAUUCAAGAAUCAUUGAGGAGAAACAAGAUGAAUCAAGAUUUUCUUCAGAAGGAGCCAUAUCUUCCGUCUAACACUUAUGGAGCUAUCGCCAACGAGAACCACAUGUUUCGAACGGAUAAGUCCAGCACAUUUGGAGACUUCUCGUUUGGUGACUAUCGUCAUAUUUUAACCGAUAGUAACUGGCCUGCGAGUACAUUCGACGAGAUCAUCAACAAGAACCAAGUGUUUGAAACGGAGCAUUCUUCAGUAAAGUCAAUCUCAACAGAAGAGAGCAGCAGUCAAGUGUUUCAAACCAAGAAGUCUCCACAACCGCCGAAGCUGACUCUUAUCAUGACACAGUAUGAUAAACCUGGGAGUAAGUUUCUGGUUGAUGUGAACGAGAGUGAUAACGUUGAAGAGCUGAAGAAAGAGCUGGAGUAUCUGUUAGACCUGCAUGCAGAAGGAUAUUUCCUUCUGCACAAAGAGAGAGUGUUGGACGAUGAUAAGUCCUUCAGCAUGAACCGAGUAGCUAACGGUGAUACCAUUGAGAUUUUUCCAGGACCUGUUAUCGAGGACUACCAUACAUAG